AUGUCGGUCUUUUCUCUCGACCCCAGCCAUGGAAACCCGUCACUACAGAAACAGUGGAUAAGCUACUAUGUCCCCCCAGUCGAUGAGGAGCGCUUUCCACGAGAAAACAUUCAUUUCCCAGAAAAGGCUGAUAACUCACACGGCGCCUGGGCGUGGAAAUGUAGCAUCGUUGACAAGAAAGCCAAGGGUGGUAAGCUUCAAGGCAAGACAUUCGCACUGAAAGACAAUAUCGCCGUCAAAGGCGUCCCUAUGCUCCUGGGUACCAAUUUUAUCAAAGGCCUCGUCCCAGAUUGCGAUGCAACCGUCACCACGAGAAUCCUGAACGCCGGAGGAAAAAUUAGCGGUAAAUCCGUCUGCGAGAACAUGUGUCAAUCAGCCACUAGUCACUCAUCUGCGACCGGAGUGGUCGAGAACCCGUUUGCAAAAGGCUACAGUGCUGGUGGAAGUUCGAGUGGAUCAGGAGUGCUCGUCGCUCUCGGGGAAGUUGACGGCGCUAUCGGUGCAGAUCAGGGUGGAAGCAUCCGAGUGCCAGCUGCGAACUGCGGCAUCGUUGGGCUGAAGCCUACCUUCGGUCUUGUUCCGUAUACUGGUAGUGGUAGCAAUGAGCCAACGAAUGACCACCUCGGACCCAUGACCCGGACAGUCCUAGAUAAUGCCGUUCUUCUUGAAGCCAUUUCAGGAAAUGACAACAUCGAUGACCGUUCGUUUGCUGCGCCGGCUCCGUCCAAAGUCCCCGCGUAUAGCUCAGUAAAAGACCUACCGGCAGACAAGCCACUCAAGGGAAAGAAGUUCGCCGUGAUCAUCGAAUCUCUCUCAACACCAGGAAGGGACCCACGGGUUACCAAGUCGUUCAAACUGGCAGUGUCUAGAUUUGUCGAGCUGGGUGCCACAGUGGAAGAAGUCUCUAUUCCAAUCCACUCAAAGGGCGCGGCAAUCUGGACCGGCGUCUCGAAAGGGGGGGGUUUUCUUGCAAAAACUUCCGGCUCAUUCGGUAGAAGAGGCCACCAAAUGCUCGGUCUGAACUCUCUCAUCCAUCCCAUGGGCCAAGAGAACUGGGACAACGCAUAUUCCGCAACCAAGAAUGUUUACCUGAAUGGACUGUACGCUGUGGAGAACUUCCCUCUCCUGCUUGCCAAGGCAACGAAUCUGUCUCGCCAGUUGCGAGACGCGUAUGAUGCUGCGCUUGAGGAGUACGACAUUCUGCUCACUCCGACUCUGCCUUAUGUGGCUACUAGUCAUGCCGCACCUGAUGCCACUCCGCUCGAGCAGAUUGCAAAGCAAAUCGGAUUGACUUCUAACACGGCGCCUUUCAACCAAAGUGGUCACCCGGCGUUAGCCCUACCAAUUGGAAUGCUGGAGGUGUUAGAGGGUCCGGGUGUGGAAGACGGCGUGAAGCUGCCAGUCAGCAUGCAGAUCAUCGGCAAGUGGUGGGAUGAGAUGGCUGUCUACGAGGCAGGUUUUUUAUGGGAGAGGUCCAAUGACUGGAAACAGAUGUGA